CUCCUUGUACUUCUUCAGCAUCCUGGGUUGUUUUCAGACAUCAAGAAAUUUCCAGCUCCCAGUCAUUGCUCUUUUGCUUUAAGCUGUAAGUGGAACAGCAGCUUUGCUUCAACACGUAUGGAAACCAAGUAGCAUUCUGCAAUGCAAAUGUUCCAGGUACGGUAUAUGUGUAACUAAACAAACACUGCUUUCCCCAUUGUUUGUACUUGUUGCACAUAAUUCUUGUCCCUCGGCUGCCAUUUAGCAGAAAGAAAAUAAACAGAUACAAAGGAAAGGAAAGGGUUAAAAGUAGAGGGCUGAUUCCUGGAAAAGAGAGACAGACUACAGACAAGGAUUUGGGUUGAACCAUCUAUGCAGGUCACAACCAGUUGGAAUAGCUUUGUGAGAGGCCAUCUACACCUGGGCAAAUCAGGUCCUCCCUUAAAGAGGGCACAUAUUGCAGUGAGACCUGGAAACCAACACCUUGUGUUAUGGGUGGGUACGAUUGGUCAGCCACAACACCCAAUUGGUAGGUCCCUCAAAGCUGGGUGAAAUCUGGCCAAUGGGACGCAGUCGAAAUGGUUUGAAGGACCUAUUUAUACCCAUGCACGUGACCCAGAGCUCCCUCUUUUGGUGCGUGCAUUCGGAACACCUGCCCACCUCUCCCUACUUUUAGGGUUGACGGUAUGACCUUGCUAUACCGCCGUGCAUCAUCUGUCAUUGGGACAGGGGCACGGCAGGAAUUUUUCCCACUUGGCUGAUUGGAUGUUGCCAUUUGGGUUUCGCCUGUUGCGUAGCAAAUUGUCACAACUUGUAAGGUUGUGGAUAGGCUCUGGUUCAGGUGAUAGGGAUGGGAGAACACUCUCGCCAUCCCUAUGUGAAGGGUAUUCCAUUAAAGGAAUCCAGGGACUCGAUGGUUUGGUCAACCCCUGAGAGGGGGUUGUGCCCAUGCCUGAGUCCAGGGGGACAUUUGGGUGGCAGCGAUAGCCUGUUCCUGGCGUUCUGCUUAUCCAGAUGUUCACCCUCGGCUGACCUAGUCGAACCAGAGCCUAUGCAACCAGUCACUUUCUGUAAUCAAUAAAGUUGUGGCCUAAAUUCUGCCAAAAACCAAAACCAAAAUUUGAGUCAAGUGUGCAUUUAUUUAGGGGGGAGGUUUCUGGGUCUGAACAUGCAAAUAGUAUGCUUGUUCCAUUGUGUUAAAAAUGUAAUCCUGUCAUGGACUGGCUGGAUGCAGAGCAGUGGUGGGAGGCACCAGCUGGGGAACCCCCAAGGGAACCCCCAGCGCUCAGAGCCAGGGGACUGGUGGUGGGAUGGUGAUGAGUGGUCAGAGGAAGAAGGAAAACACUGAAUAGCCCCAUCCCCUGAGGAGAGUAAAUGUGGAUUGUUAUGGAGCCUUUGUGAAUAUAGCUAUACAGUGGUACCUCAGGUUACAGAUGCUUCAGGUUACAGGCGUUUCAGGUUAACCCAGAAAUAGUACCUCGGGUUAAGAACUUUGUUUCAGGAUGAGAACAGAAAUUGUGCGGCGGCGGCACAGCGGCAGUGGGAGGCCCCAUUAGCUAAAGUGGUGCUUCAGGUUAAGAACAGUUUCAGGUUAAGAACGGACCUCCAGAACGAAUUAAGUUCUUAACCCGAGGUACCACUGUAUAUAUGAAGGCUCCAUCACUCUUUAUGCAGGUGCCAGGGCAUGGAGCUACUUGGCAUGACCCAGCUCUCAUGUGGAACAACAAUGGAGCUCUCAUGCUUGAAGAGAGCUUAUGAUAUAAAGCAAACCUGUUGCAUAAACUAAAUUCGAGUUUCACUGAUAUCAUUGAACUGCACUUCCAGGGACAUAUGCUUCAAGCUGCAAAUACGGGGCAAUGAAUUAUAUAGUAAAUCUGGAGGGUCAAAGAUCUGCUUGAAUUUCAGACCAUCUUGAAAAACUGGGAUUUGGUUUGUGGAUUUGAUGUGUGAUAUUUAUUUUUUCCUGUUUUAUUUGCAUGCUCCUGCUCCUGAAAAGCAGCAUCAAGCAGUGAUCGUCUUGUGUGAAUGUGCCAUCACAGAGCUAACACCACAGGUGGAAAUUCCACGUGUCUUUAUGUCAUCUCAAACAUGGCACUCUCCAGUGGAGACAGUUCACAUAGUCAGCUGUCUUGAGACCUCAAGUGAAGUGAAAUCGAGCGAUGAAUAUUCAUGUGUGAACUUAGUCACAGCCCUUAGUGAUGCAGCUGAAGAGAACUUGAAGAAGAAAUUUGAAAGCAGAAGAUACAGCCACUGCGGGAAUUUUACCCAGGGCACUGUGCUCUUAAGUGGGCUGCUAAAUAGCAGGAGAAAAGAGCAGCCAGCGCACACCCAUGUAAGCAAUUUUCAAAAGCAUCCCCCCCCCCUAAAUAAAAUGUCUCACACCGUGUGAAAAGCACAGUUAGGAAUAAUUGCUAGACUUAAAAAAGAAAAAGAGGAAGAAAAGGAAACCGUUUUUAACUUACCUGAGCACAAAUAAAGAAUGUGAAAUAUUUCUUUGCCAGCAGAGAACACUUGUUUUUAUUUCCCAGCCUUCAUUCUCUCAUAAAAUGCCCAAAUGGGAGUUUAUGAAGCUUUCCAAAAAAUUUCUCACCCUUGGGUUGAAAACAAGCAUGAGAAAUUUCAGUCCAGAGGGUAAUUAUUUUACAAAGAGUUCAAACCAGGGAAAUGUAAUGGGGGUGCUUCAUCAACCAUAACUAUAGCUGUAUUGCUGUAAUGCCCUGCACACGGCAGCAAGAGUGGAGAAUCACUCCUGUUUGUCAUGGAGAUAGCUUUUAUGGAGGGUCUGAAGAGAAGGUACCAUGGAGAGGGGCAAGGGAGGCAACACUGAAAAGAUACUCCUGGGUGCUGUCUAGACUGGUCACUUGCGCAUAGUUUAAAAGGAGGAUAUGGAGCUGCAUAUACAUUUGCAUAAGCCAAUCUAUUUUCAUCAAUGCAAAUUAAGAAAUAAUUACUCUCAUUUAAAUAUAAAUAUAUCUUACUAUGCUGGGAAGGCCUGUGGUCAGGUAACCAGUGGUGUAGUGGUUAGGAGUGGUAGACUCGUAAUCUAGUGAACCGGGUUCGCGUCUCCGCUCCUCCACAUGCAGCUGCUGGGUGACCUUGGGCCAGUCACACUUCUCUGAAGUCUCUCAGCCCCACUCACCUCACAGAGUGUUUGUUGCGGGGAAGGAAGGGAAAGGAGAAUGUUAGCCGCUUUGAGACUCCUUCAGGUAGUGAUAAAGCGGGAUAUCAAAUCCAAACUCUUCUUCUUCAAUCAGCUUCCAGGUACCCAUGGUAGAUGGGCAGUUUCAAGGCUUCUGGUCUCCUUCUUGAAGUUUCUUUAUCCUUAGAUGAGACUUAGACCAGGCAGCCCUUCACACAGAGGAAGCCUUGAGAUAAAAGACUGUCAGUUAGAGGACUCUUUUGUAAACAUGGCCGCUGUAGCCCUGCCUUGGAGCAUAUGCAGUUGGACGCUACAUAGCAUGGUGUAUUUUCCAUUUGUAGUCCUGCAGUCAACUGGAUUGCUUGAGGAUGUGGAAUUAAAGCAUGCUGGAGUUAAACCAUGUCCUUCUUUCUGGUAUCAACUGACUUUGACAUUUAUUUAUUUUUUUAAAUAAUAUUUAUUGAAUUUUAAAGGGUUACAAAAAGAAAAAAUUAAAAAAACAGCAUAUUUAAGAAAUACAAAACAUCACAUCACAAUAAUAAAAAAAGAAACAAGAAAAGAAAGAAAGAAAAGAAAAAAUACAAUGAAUCUUCCCAUAACUUAUCUUUCAUUUGCUUAUUUCUUUGACCUCCUCACACCUCCCUUUUUUGUAUUCUAGUUCAAUUAGCUAUUUCAGAAAAUCCUUUCCAUCUUUUCCAGUUUUUGUCCUCUAUUUUAUCUUAAUAUAAUGUAACUUUACUUUCCCUCCUUCACCAUUUAGCAAUCUAUUUUUCCUUAAUCCUUUAUAGCAUUUCUGCUAAAACCGCAUUAUUUCAUUCCAACAUCCUUCUAACAUUCCUUAAUUUUACAAUGUUUCUGUAAAUAAACUUUAAAUUUCUUCCAAUCUUCUUCCACCCUGACUUUGACAUUUAAAGGAGUGUUGUGCUGCUUUAAGAAACAUGGCUUCCCUCAAAGAAUCCUGGGAACUGUAGUUUGUUAAGAGUUCUGAGGGUUGUUAAGAAACUCCUGUUCCCCUCAAAAAGCUUAGAAUUCUCCAUGUUUCUUGUGAAAGGGAAGUAAUUGUUAAGGAAGUAAUUGUUAGCUUUCUGGGGGGACCAGGGCUCUUAGCCUGGAUCCAGCCAGAUAUCAUCAGUUUACAAAAAGCUACAGUAAAAGGAAGGCAGAGGUAGUUUUAGCUGUCAUUUCUAGCAUAUCAUAAAAAGAAUCUGUUGGAGCUAGGGAGGGUAACCUGUGGCCAUCUAGAUUAUUUUUUCCUUUGGGCUUCCUUCACCCCAGCUGACAUGGUCAGAUAAGGGCAGUUGUCCAACAACAUCUGGAAGGAUGCAGGUUCCCUAUAGAUGCAAAGAGCUUAAUGUGACUGAUGGCAGCCUCACUGCAUAGACCAGUCACUGUGGAAGCAUCAUAUGCUAGCUGAAAGAUGCAAAAUAAAUUCCCCACAACAAAAUCCUUACAUUGACGUCUAGCAACAAUGAAGUAACAAUUGUGUAGUCUAAUUGUUUUUCUUAUUAUAACACCAACAACACUGCCAGUAAUUUAGGAACAAUUUGAAGGAGCCAGUGGCUUUCACCUUGACUUCUGUUUUCCUUCCCCCUCACUAAAACUGGUAAAUGAUACAUGUGGGGAGGGUGGAAAUUGCCAGAUUAGCCCCAAGCCAUUACAAAUUGAGGUGGAAUUCAGAGAAGGCAGGGUGGUCUCAAGUCAUAAUGACUUGGAACAUUUCUGAACAGAAGGAGUUCAUUUCUGUACUCCUGUCCCAAAUGAACUUCUCUGUUUCUACCCUAGAACUAUGCUGCAUGUUUUUUUGGUGCUAGAUAACUCCAAAUUCUAUGCCUUCUCCAGACCUUGCACAAUGCCUCAAGUUUGGCCAGAAUAGGCCAUGCUGGUAACAAGCUGUGAACAUGGAGGGUCAAUGCAGUGUCACUACAGAGUCUUUUUGUUCCAUAGAGUUGCUGUUUUUACAUACAAGGUAUCACACAGUCUCUAUUAUGGGUUGCUGAUGUGUGUUGAAAGUGGUGCAAAUGUGGGAGGGAGCAGUCUUUCUCUCCUCAGGAUUGCCAAAGUGCUCUGCUGUCUAAUGAGCCGAUGUCUCUAAUAUUAAUGUGACAAAUCUGAAAUGUUUUGCAUCCUUUCUACUCUGAUAUUCCUCUGCUUUUGUUUCCAGUUCUACAAGCAGAAAUAAUUUGAGGGGAAAUGGAUGCUUUAGAUGCCGUCCAACAUAGAUGAGAGUUAAG